UAAUAAUAAUAAUAGCAUCUUCCUGUUAAUUUUAUCUAUCUUCUUCUUCUUCUUCAUUUCACCACAUUUGUUUUAGCAAAGACAAGUGGUUGAUGGAAAAGUUAGAGAAGCGUCGGCAGUAGGGUUGGAUUCUUGUGGGAAAAAAAAUAUAGCUAAAGGGGACCUUUAUGUUUUUGUCUUUACAGUAUUGUUGUGUGUUAUAAUAACAGUGGAAGGUUGGUGGAGGUUUUUUGCAGGAUUGAAAAUCAAUGUCAAGUUCAUCUCCUUUUCUUCUUUUUCAUUGCCUUAACCUCUAGGGCACUAGCUUGAACCUUUUUUUUUUUCUUUUUCAAUUUAGUUUUGGGGGUGUGUUUAAUGGCUAUGGAGAUGCAGAGCGGGGGGAAGAUGAUGGGGUUCUUGGUUAUCUUGUUGGUUUUGUUUAUCGAGAUGGCAGCACCCACUAGUGCUAGCAGAAACAGCUUUUCUACCCAAAUUCUUGAGGUUCAAAACCAGUUGAAGCUCUUGAACAAGCCCGCUGUUAAAUCUAUUAAGAGUCCAGAUGGAGAUAUAAUUGACUGCAUCAAACUUUCACAUCAACCAGCUUUUGACCAUCCAAUGCUCAAAAACCAUAAAAUCCAGAUGACCCCAAACUUUCAUCCGGAAGGUGUUUUUGGUGAAAACAAAGUUGCUUCAAAGAUGAAACUAGGUUCAUCAAGGAAUGUUACCCAGAUGUGGCACUUGAAUGGAAGGUGUCCAGAAGGAACUAUUCCCAUUAGGAGAACUAGAAAAGAUGAUUUGUUAAGAGCAAGCUCUAUCAAAGCCUUUGGUAAAAAAAGGCACAAAACCAUCCCUCAACCAAAGUCUGCAGAUCCUGACCUCAUCACUCAAAGUGGCCAUCAGCAUGCAAUAGCUUAUGUGGAUGAAGAAAAGUACUAUGGAGCUAAGGCAACCAUUAACGUUUGGGAACCCAAAAUACAACAGCCUAAUGAAUUCAGCUUGUCCCAAAUCUGGAUCUUGGGUGGUUCUUUUGGUGAAGAUCUCAAUAGCAUUGAAGCAGGCUGGCAGGUUAGCCCAGAUUUAUAUGGAGACAACCACACUAGACUCUUCACUUAUUGGACUAGUGAUGCAUAUCAAGCCACUGGUUGCUAUAAUCUACUUUGCUCAGGCUUCAUUCAAAUCAACAAUGAAAUAGCAAUGGGUGCAAGCAUCUACCCUGUUUCUAGCUAUCAUGAUUCCCAAUAUGAUAUAAGCUUGCUUGUGUGGAAGGAUCCUAAGGAGGGGAACUGGUGGCUACAAUUUGGUAAUAGCUAUGUGUUGGGUUACUGGCCAGCUUUCCUAUUUUCCUACCUAUCAGACAGUGCCUCCAUGAUUGAGUGGGGAGGUGAGGUUGUAAACUCAGAAUCAGAUGGACAGCAUACAUCCACACAAAUGGGGAGUGGCCAUUUCCCCAAAGAAGGGUUUGGCAAAUCUAGUUACUUCAAGAAUAUUCAAAUUGUUGAUGGCUCCAACAAUCUCAGGGUUCCUAAAGACAUUGCAACUUUCACUGAGCAAUCAAACUGCUAUGAUGUACAAACUGGAAAAGGUGGCAACUGGGGCAGCUACUUUUACUACGGUGGUCCGGGUCGAAAUGCUAACUGCCCUUGACUCAUUUAAAUCCUUAAGAAAAUGAAAGCUAAGUAACCAUCAACUGUUGCCGAAAUGAAUAUUCAUCAAGCCAAGUGCAUGCCCUUCUUCAAGUUAAGUUUAGACUAGUAAAUUUGUGAAUCAUGGUUUCACCAUUAGAUGGUAGCAAUACAGGUUAAAUCACCUUAUUAACUCUGCCAAAGAUUUGUUGUGAGAAAGUGAGGUAUUUCUAGCUGAUAUUCUUUGUUUGGACAUAUGAGUGUAUAUUUUGAUUUUCCUUUUUUUUUUUUUGUGUGUAUGUGUCAUUAAAUUCUGCUUAAGCAAUAUAAGCACUUGGCUUUGUUAUUCUUAAAAGAUCAUUCUCUAUGAUUUUCCAUCAAUGAAGGAACCUUACUUUGUAAUGGCAAAACGAAA